ACUUGCAAACCUUUCUCCAAGACAUGAAACUCUGGGGACGAAUACUUUGGACCCUCCUAUGUGGUCCCGGGGGAAGGAGGGGAGCACCCCAGGGCUGGGGCCUCAACUCAUGGAAGUCUCAUUCAUCUCUGCCUGGGAUGUUGAGUGCCACAAGGGUGGUCAGACACUGGACACAGGUCUUUGAGGAAAGAGGCAUCCCAGAGGCUCAGGAAUCCAGUGAGUACAUCGUGGCUCAUGUUCUUGGAGCCAAAACAUUUCAGAGCCUGAAACCAGUACUUUGGACCGAGCCACUGACUCCUAAACAGCUGCAAUGCAUCCAGGAACUGUGUAGCCGUAGGUUACAGAGGAUGCCAGUGCAGUAUAUCCUUGGGGAAUGGGACUUUCGGGGGCUCACUCUGAAGAUGGUACCUCCAGUGUUCAUUCCUCGGCCAGAGACGGAAGAGCUGGUUGAAUGGGUUUUAGAGGAAGUGGUCCAGAGGCCUCCUGCUUUGGUAGCCCAAAGUGGUCCCCUCAUUCUGGAGGUGGGCUGUGGAUCAGGAGCCAUUGCCCUCAGCCUGCUGAGUCAGCUCCCGCAGAGUCGAGUCAUUGCUGUGGAUAAGGAAGAAGCCGCCGUUAGCCUGACUCGUGAGAAUGCUCAGAGGCUUCAGUUGCAGGAAAGGAUUCGGAUCCUUCCCCUUGAUGUAACCUCAGAAGGAUGCUGGACACACCUUUUGCCCUGGGGCCCUGUGGACUUGGUGGUCAGUAAUCCUCCCUACGUCUUCCACAAGGACAUGGGACAACUGGCCCCAGAGAUCUGCAGUUAUGAAGAUCUGGUGGCUCUGGAUGGUGGUGAGGAAGGCAUGGACAUCAUUACCCACAUCUUGACCUUGGCACCCCGGCUCUUGAAUGCCUCUGGAAGCAUCUUCCUAGAAGUGGACACAAGGCACCCAGAGCUUGUCAGCAGCUGGCUUCAGAGCCGGCCUGACCUGCACCUUAGUCUUGUGGCUGUGCGGAAAGACUUCUGUGGGAGGCCCCGGUUCCUGCAUGUCCAGAAGUCUGCACCAUAGCGUGGCUACUCUGAGCAGCUGGCCAGGAUUCCAGCCUGCUGGGUGCCUGGCUGAUGCUGCAUGGAGCGCUACCCACAGGGAGGUCCAGGCAUGGCCCAUGGGUCUAACAAGGAUGGAGUAUUCUUCCUGGAGCAGCAAAGAACAGAAACUUGAGCUGGGUUUCCAGCUUAGCUCUUUCCCUCAGUGUAGCAGGCUACUUGGUGUUCCUGUUGGUGAAAUUGCUGUGAAGAUGUUGGGGAAUGUGGCCAGUCAAGUACUGAGAGAGCAAU